CCUCCUCUUCUUCAAUUUCAGAAGUCAAAAACUUUAAACGACCAGCCAUAGCCAACACUUGUACGCCAAGCAAAAAAAUGAGAGCUUUUUAACUCAAAACAAGAAUUACUUAUACGAAACCCACAAAAAAAACGGACCCAUGUCGAGAUCGUCCUUAAUCAAUCGCAUAACACCUUUUUUAAUUUCACGAAUUCGCCAUAACCACCGGCUUCUAAGCUCAUCUGCUUCCGCUAUUCCAGAACCUGCCUCUUCUUCUUCUUCUCCUUCUCCUUCUAUUGAUGAUGACAUUAAUUUGACUGACAAUUGUAUCCAGAGAAUGAAGGAACUGCAAGCCAGCAAAGGAUCAGUAGAGGACAAAAUGCUCCGAUUGGGUGUGGAAACCGGUGGAUGUUCUGGUUUUCAGUAUGUAUUCGACUUGGACAACAAAAUGAACCCCGACGACAGAGUUUUUGAGAGAGAGGGAGUCAAAUUGGUAGUUGAUAAUAUUUCAUAUGAUUUUGUGAAAGGGGCAACUAUUGACUAUGUCGAGGAGCUCAUUCGUUCUGCUUUUGUAGUGACUACAAAUCCAAGUGCAGUUGGCGGCUGCAGCUGUAAAAGUUCUUUCAUGGUGAAACAAUAGUUUAGCAUUCCAUUCCAUACUUCUUCCGGUACGGCUUAGAGGCAUAAUAGUGGCAGCUUUCUUAGAACAUCAAAAAAAGGACGCUUUCCAGAGCAGUUGUGUUUCACCUUCUUGUAGCGCAGGCACAGCAGUUGCUCCUCCAAGCGAAACAGAACCUUACAGAAGUCAUCAUCAUCAUUGAUUUUAAUGCUCAUUAAAUUUAUUUUUAACAUAAGAUUAUAUUCCCCAACUGCUUUUAUCUGAAUCUAAUUGUUGUGCCGAUAUCUUGUAUAACAAUAAAUAGUGUAAUCAGGGGAUUUUUGUAUUCUAUCAUUGAAGACCUCCUGUGAUCAUCUGUGAAUCCUAGUCUAUCAUACAUUGAUUUUAUAGUCAUAUUUGCAGAAGAGGUUUUACUUUUUACAGGCUGCAAAUUCUCGUCAA